CAGACCAAACCCCAUCAUCUACUCAAUCGUAUAUGUUAGCGCAAGUCUCGCGGCGGAAUGUAAAACUAAUGUUUUGUGAAUUUUAGGGGUUAAACUUUAUUUUCCAAAGAUUGCUCAUUUAUCAAUUGUUGAUGUGUGGUUUUGUAUAAUAAGUGAAGCUUGUAGAAAACUUGUUAAUAUGGCGCUGUCGUCCGAAUAUGUGACAGUAAGUGCAUUGUGAUUUGUCGGUAUUUAGAAGUAAAAGUCGUGGACAACACCGAAGCAUCAUCCAUCUUCUCGACUACAACCGUGUCGUAGGAAGAAAAUAAGCGUCAAAAAAGACUGAUGAACUAUUGUGUCAAGUUUAUAGUCGACUACCCCCGAGGGUCCAGGGUAUUACGACUGAAUUCGAACCUAUUCUGGCUCUCUUCCUGAAGUUUAUUUUCCUUGGUUCCUUUUUUUUAACACCCAUCGUCCACAUUGCAUUAUCCAAUCUAUCCGAUUCAAGUCCUCUUUUCACUCCUACAAUACCCGCUCAUCCCCUGUGACCUAAUCUUUCCCCGGUAUAAAACGUGUACAUUAAAUCAUAUGGUUGUGAUUUGUGAACUCUUUAAGGUCAAUGUGUAAAUAUUAUACAUUAAUUGUUAGGAUAAAAGGUAACCAAUCUCAACCAUGUGCAACAAAUGACUUGCUGAUCUAUUAUUUCUCCCCCUUUUUUGUUGACUGGUUGGCAUAUUCGGUGAUACAAUUAUUAAGAAAAUUUUAUGAUUCUUUUUUCAAUCGAGUUGGGUUUACGAAACCCACUAGUCUUAAAUAAAUUUAGUUACAGAACGAAUUUUUUUGCUGGUUAUAGUGGAGGCGAAAUCAUCGGUCAACAGAGACGAAGUUGCCAAAGUCGGUGUGAAACAUAGCGGCGAAGAUGGGAUUGCAUAAAAUCCGAAGGGGUGCAGCGGGAUAGUUUACAUAAAACCUCUGACGGCCCAGUUGCGGUCUCCGUUGGCCCAUGACGCUCGCUCUACAACAACAAAAGAGAGCUCGCUUUCCAAAGACAAUACGGCUGAUUGGUUCGCCCCCGGUCCUUCUCCAUUUUCACCAGGGAAAGGGCUCUGAUCACAACCCCGCCAUUUCUCAUCUCAAGCCCGUCAGAGACGUUUCGGAGAUGUGCAUGCCUGUGCUUUAGUGAGAUCCUGCUAAAACAUAACAUGUUUCUGCUAGUACUGUUCGUAUUUUUUUCCGAAUCCGACGGGGAGUACAGCUUCAAGGAAAAUCUGAUUCCGUACGAGACCUAUCUCAGCGGGCCGUAUUGGACCUACCCUGUGAGGAAGAACAAUCUCAUCCACGGACCGGGCUACUUUCGAGAAGGUUUGCGCUUUAAAAGGGAAUCCGGCUUAUCUCAACAAGAGCCCAGCGAGCACGAGUUUCCGCGGGACGUGCCGACCAAGCCGGAAUACGCGAACAAAGGGCAAUGGGCCAAAGGGAAAAUACCAGGGAAGGAGACAGAACUCGGCUUUGUGCCUUUGCAAAUCUACAGUCAAGUGAGGAAGUACGACACGGUAAAACAUCUACCUCGUUCUGACGCACUGAAAGAAGCGUCCACUGCUGAAGAGGUCGCUGCAGCCGCCAGAUUGAGAGAAGUUCUCAGGCAAAAGAAAAUCCAACAAGUGUACGAAGAAGAAGGUUACGAAGACAGUGGCUACGAUCAUGGAUUUUACAACCAUCACGGCGCCAAAUACGAAGACAAGGAGAAGAACGAACAAAUCACUAUACCCAAAGCUGGCGAUUCUCAGGUAAAAUCGGCAGAAGAGGUAGGCAUUUUAACAAAUUUAAACAGUCAGUCUACACCUCCGAAACCUCCUUCAGUAGGAUACUUUAAGAAUCUAAAAUCCGAGAGUAGUGAGAAAAGCACCACUUGGGGAGACAGUGGGGAAGAGGCUUUUCUCCUAAAAGAAACAUAUCCGAAAGUCAGUGGUAAACAUUCUUUAAUAAACGGAAAAAAGAUAAUAGAAAAUGACACAGAAAAAUACGAUGUUGAAAAAAUUGAAAGUAAAGAGGACUAUAAUUCGGAAAGUCGCUCGAGAGAAAAACUUGAUGAGCGGAAGGACAUCUCAUUGGGGAGUGUUGCUGCUCCUCGCAGCGGAGUUGUUGACGAAGCGGAAGUCCGUGUAAUUAACGAUCCAAGGCCCAAAGGAAACCAUAUUGUAUUUCCAGGUAGACAUACGAAAAGACAGUACGCGCUGGGUCGUCCGAUUAACAACUGGACUCCAAUGGCACCUGCCGACGUCUACAUCCAAGGAAGCAUUGGUUACCAAUUAAAAAGACCGUUUUUCCCAGGGGAUUCGUUGACUCACCAUUAUGUCCCAUACGUCCCUUUCCCGAAUUUUUAUUCAGACAAUCCGACAUCCUAUGCGUCUCCUGUGCCUCACGUAAUUCGAUUGGCAGUGAAACCGACAAGAUCACCUUUGCUUAACACAAAGCGUGGAGAAAUACACGGCGCUGGGACCUUGACAGCGUACGCGUCUUUGGUCCCGAACAAUCUGUCAGUUUCUACUGAAAUACAUCCUAACAGAACAGGUUACAUUCAGCCGCGAUCUAAUAACAGCCUUGACUUGGGGUCGUCCAAAACAAGAAUUGUCGGCAGAGAAAGACAUUAUAAUAAUUUUACGAGAGGGAACAAGACUCUGAAAGACGUAACUCGACAACCUACCUGGAACAUAAAUAAAACCCAUUUACAUACACGCCAUCCUUCAUUGCCUCGAGAUGGCAAAGAGAAGUUCCUAGAACUUCAACGUGCACACGCUGGAGCUCUAGUGGCUGAAAGACCUGACAAAAGAGCACCGAAAUCAGGAGACUGGCCUGUAAAAUACAUAGAGCAACUCACGAUAGCACAUUACUCUUCACAAGAAAAUAAUCCAAUUACACCUAUCCAGAAUAACACAGAACGCCUGAUAGAAUUGACGAAAAUGUUGAACGCAAAAGUUGAUUAUCCUAGGGUGAAAAGAGAAGCGACAAUAAAUUUCGAUGAGCAUAAAUAUCCGUUCUAUCAUGGAGUCUCAAGUGGGAGCAACGGAAAUAAAGAUUCCGCUUUGAAAUAUGCCACAAAUCCAGACAUGAUUCCUAAGAAGACACUUGGUGGUAUGGAAUUUUACGAAUCGAGGGAUAGGCUUGUUCGAUGCAAGGAUCCUAGCCCUCCUGAGGACAUUAUCCCUGAAAGAAAGGAAGACGGCGAUUGGAAUAAAAACGUGCAAGUGGAAACCCCACGAAUGAAAGGACUGGGAGAUUCUAUUCAAUGCAUGAAAAAUAAAUAUUUCGGUAAAGAACCUUUAGACAACCCAUUUUUUCAAGAAGGCGUCGAGCCAAUGACACACCGAACAGCGAACGAGAAGAUGGAAACGGCGCCAUUGAGGAAAUUACGGAAUGGAGACACCUCAAAAAGACAAACUACAAUAUUGAAUCAGGAGAACACUACAAAACAUUAUCACACAACUUCUAACCAAAAAGAUUACAGCAAUCAUAAAAUGAAUCAUGACAACAAUGCAACCGUUUUUCCAUACAAAAACCACAGACAGGAGUUUGAACCGAUUUCUCCUGGGUAUGAUUCUAGAAUUGUCAGUCCAUACCCUUAUUACAUAGAAAACAGUAACAAUAAAAACUAUUAUUCAGUUCACGAAAAUUCUCAAGAAAGCGGUAUUGAAGUUGAUGUUUCCAAGCCACGUUACAGACCACCUCAUCACUUUAUGUAUACACCUAUUUAUACCCCAAAAAAGUACAAACCCAAACCUGUUUCUAUAUAUUCGAUUAUAAGUCAUAAAGGCAACCCCCAGCAUUACAGACCGUUGCUUUAUGCUCACAGCAUUAAAACACACAGAAUUGUACCCAUGUACCCGUAUUUGACAACUACGACACAGAGUCCUGACAAUAUAGCAAGUGACACCCAGUCCAAACCGGUCAAAUGGUACAUAAUUCGUCCAGGAGAAUACACAGAAAAUAAGGAACUUGCUGAGGAGAAAAAGGAAACGCCGAGCAUUUGGAGCUAUAUGAACCCAUUGACCCCGUUAAAAUGGUGGUUCCCUAGUUUGUUCGAUAAUAGGAGAAAAGAGCCAAGAUAUCGGGAAAGGAGGGAUGUUGAUUAUGAGCAGGAUUUACCCGAUGAUAAAGGAAAACCAAAUAUGUCGAGCGAACUAAAUGUGCACAUCUCGCUAAAUUCAGACGCUUCAAACAAAGCCUAUUUUAAAAUACCCACAAAUCAUAGACCGGAAAGUUCUACCAAACCUCAAAUGUCUUUGGAUGAAUUGCAAUUAAGACUGAACAUGACGGAUAGCGUAAAGUCUCGUUUAAGCAGACUUUCAGGUGGUUAUAUAAGUAGAAGUAAUGCUUCUUUUGUGGAUCCUAUGGUUAAAAUUGCAAACUCUUCUUUACCACUUCCUACUGCACCAACGACUAGAAGUUUAGAAGCUCCAACAGGAAAGUCAAAACUAUCGUUUCCAAGGACUAAAAUUCCACAAAGGAAAUAUUUACAAUAUCAAAAGCCUUUGAAUGCAGACAAGAAAACAAUGCGCACUACCACUACAACAAGAUCACCAACGACUACCGUUACAAGAAUGUACAAACCGAAAAAGAUCAUAAACCCAAAAUUUGUACCACGCACACCCGUAGACGCUUUUUCAGUGUUAAAAGCGCAGACAUCAAACAGUGAAAGUCCGUUUGAUUCGUCGGAAAUCGAUCGAAACCCAAGGGAACUCCAGCAAGUCGAGCAUCGAAGAGUCACGAAAGAAGAGACUUACAAGAGGACCUACACGCCGCAGGUUGAGGCCAGAGAGAACCGCGAGGGUGAACAUUCUGAAGAAGAAAUGAAAUAUUCAGCGAAAAUUUCUGACUCCCAUCCUCUGUCAGAAAGAUCCACCAACGGGACGUUGACCUACCUCGUCGACCCUGCUACCGGUAUUGGAGUUUGGGGAGAAAUGCCUAGAAGACGAGACUGGAAGCCGAAGAAGAAGGCUAAAAGCAAUGGAGAAGCAGGGUCAAUUUAUUCUUAUCCAUCUGGUGGGAGAAAAAGUGAAAACUUGUCAGAGACUCAGGCACAUCCAACAACUAAAAAGAACUCCAAAAAGCAAAAAGAAGCCCAAUAUGAAAAUGAGGCGUACAUCGUCAGCUUGAUGAGAAGUGUACCACUUCCGGUUCAACGUCACCCCAAAAGAAAACAACAGUUCCAGUCUGUCUCGAGUCAGCGGGGGUUGGAAUCAGCAGAGGGCAGGAGCAUAGAGGUUUUGACAGAAGAGCCAGAAAACUAUCCUUCACCGCCUCGAACUACAACUGUGUUUAUCAGGGAUCCCGACAAAAGAAAAUACUUUUACGUCAAUGAUUGAUAUCUCCCAGUUAAAUCAUUAUGUAAAUAAUUUUAACUUCGGUGAAAACUUAGUGUAUAUAAAGCCUCGUUUGAAAAAUAUUUAUUUCUUGCACUAACAUUUAGUAAUAUUUCUUGUUGAUUUAUCAGUUAUUUGUUAGUAGUAUGUUACUAUUCAAAAUAAAAGGGUUAAUUUUUUAUAAAU